UUUGAUGUAAAUCUUCUUCCCAUGCAAUUUGAAGAACGUAGAGAGAGAAAGUUCAUGUGAUAUGUAGAGAGAGAAAGUUCAUGUGAUAUGUAGAGAGAGAGAACAUUUGAAGAGCGUAGAGAGAGAGAGAUGUUUCUUGAUCCGCAGAGAGAGAGAGAGCUUUUGAUAUGAGACAGGAGGAGGUUUAUUGGGUGUUUCUCUCUCUUCCUCAAGUGAGCGAGCUGCAAGGUUCAGAGAGAUGACUACUGGGAAUAAAAAGAAGAAGAAGCCAUUUGUUCCAAGAAUCUUUGGGUCGAAAGGGAGACAUCGGAGAAGUAAUUUAUUCGAUGCCUCAGACAAUGAGAAUGAGAAGAGCUCUUCAUAUGGUUCUGUAUUUUUGGAAACGCCCCAAUUGAUCCAGACAAGCUUUCCAGAGACACAGAGUACUACUCCAGUAGUACUUAGUCCUGUCAAUUUGAACGGACCCCAACCUGCCACCCCUCAAAUGAUCGACAGCCAGACUUUCCGGAUCUUUGUGGUUACAUGGAAUGUGGGAGGAAAGCCCCCACACAAUGGGUUUAGUCUAGACAGUUUUCUGAGAGUUGAUGAACCAGCUGAUAUAUAUGUUCUUGGGUUCCAGGAAAUAGUUCCUUUGAAUGCGGGCAAUGUGCUGGUUAUAGAGGACAACGAACCAGCUGCAAAGUGGUUGCAUCUCAUUAACCAAGCCCUGAACAAACCACCAUUAGUUGAUGCAGGUCAUAGACCCUACAAUGCAAGAACCACUAGUGGAUUGCUCUUCUUCCAGAAAACCUCUCUAAAGGCUGUAAGCAAAAACUUUAGAUCACCAGAGUGUGGAAAGCACCUCAAGACCUGCAACAGCUCUCAUGAGGCAGAGAAGAGGAAGGUUGAUACAUGUUUUAGAUGUCAGCAAGCUUCUGCUAAGGAUGAUAACUCCUUCACAGAAGAGGAGGAAUUGGAUGGGAAUGGAUUUUUAGAGAGAGAAAUGAAUGUGGUAAAUAACAAUAACAACAAUGGUUAUUAUCUAAUAGCAAGCAAGCAGAUGGUGGGGAUAUUUGUUAGUGUUUGGGUGAGGAAGGAAUUGGUGCAGCAUAUUACCCACUUGAGAGUGUCUUGCAUGGGGCGUGGGAUCAUGGGCUGCCUAGGAAACAAGGGGUGUAUAUCUGUGAGCAUGUCUUUGUAUCAGACCAGCUUUUGUUUCGUGUGUAGUCAUUUGGCUUCUGGGGAGAAGGAUGGGGAUGAACUUAGGAGGAACUCUGAUGUAAUAGAGAUACUUAAAAAUACCCAAUUCCCAAAGAUAUGCAAGGUUCCUGGGCAUAGGAUUCCUGAGAAAAUUCUCCAGCACGAUCGUGUCAUAUGGUUCGGGGACUUGAACUACCGAAUCGCCUUGAGCUAUAUGGAGACGAGGAAACUGCUCGAGGAAUACAAGUGGGAUGCUCUUCUUGAGAAGGAUCAGCUCAAGAUUGAGCGAGAAGCUGGGCGAGUUUUCAAGGGAUGGAAGGAGGGGAAAAUCUUCUUUGCUCCCACUUACAAGUACUCAAACAAUUCUGAUGCUUACUUUGGAGAAACUUUGAUUUCAAAGAAAAAGCGAAGAACUCCUGCAUGGUGUGAUAGGAUUUUAUGGCAUGGUGAUGGGAUAGGACAGUUGUCGUAUGUUCGUUGUGAGUCUCGCUUCUCUGACCACAGGCCAGUGUGUGCGGUAUUCACGGUAGACGUUGAGGUGUCUGAUCUCAGAUCACAGAGAAGCUUGCUCAUCUCUGCCCCUUCUAGACUUGAUUCAGAAGAGCUCUUGUGUCCCUCUCCUAGAUACUAUGCCCUCAAGAACUUGACUUUGUAUUAAAUGCGAAAUUGGUGGAUUUGUUUUUUGAAAUAUACAAAAUAACAUACUGAGUAUACAACAUUAUACGAAGAUUUAAUUAAGAUGGGCGCACAAGUUACAGAGGUAAAAUUACUUAUUUUCUUUUGUUUUGUUUUUCCUAUUGAUCAAAAGAUGAGCGAAAUUACCAAUUAUCUCUUUUUUGUGCAUUUUUUGCGGUUUCUUCUGAGAAAGAAACAAAGAUCUUCGAUAUUGAUGUAAUUUUUGAAUUCUUUGCGAAGUUUAGAA